AUGGCCGACGACAAGCAAUCUUCUCCCUCCGGUGUCCCAGCUGCGUCGGUAGGUGCUGACUCCAGCCAGCAUUCCUCUGUUUCUCGACCUGUGCUUAGUAGCCAUGCUCAGCCUCCACAUCACGGUACCCUUGUGCCUCAGGUGGGGAGUACAUUAACCCAACCUUUUGCUUUAAAACUUGACCGUCAUAACUUCUCUGUAUGGAAAACUAUGGUUUCGGCCAUUGUUCGUGGCCAUCACUUAGAUGGAUAUCUAACCGGCACUAAGGUGAAACCAGCCGAGUUUCUUUCUUCUGAUAUUGCAGGUGGUGAUAAUGUUGUGAACCCAGAGUUUGAGACCUGGAUAAUCCAUGAUCAACUCUUGUUAGGGUGGCUCUAUGGCUCUAUGACUGAGAGCAUAGCCACGGAAGUUAUGAGCUGUGACACCUCAGCAGCUCUUUGGACAGCCUUGGAAACUUUGUUUGGUGCACACUCACGCUCAAAGAUGGAUGAGGUGCGCACAAAAAUUCAAACCGUUCGAAAAGGAGGCCUUACUAUGAGUGAGUAUCUUCGACAAAAGCGUCAAUGGGCGGAUGUGCUCACGCUUGCUGGAGAACCAUAUCCUGAAAAACAGCUUGUAGCAAACGUUCUGUCCGGCUUGGAUAUGGAGUACAUAUCGAUAGUGGUCCUCAUUGAAGCUCGACCCACAACAUCUUGGCAGGAGCUCCAAGACAUCCUUCUCAGUUUUGAUAGCAAGAUGGAACGCUUAAGUGCCAUUUCUGGUUCACAAAAAGCCCCGGGUGCUGCAUGUGCUCUUGCUGCCACCACUGCCAUUACAGCAAAUAUGGCUACUACUCGACCCGUUACAAAUGGCAGGAACAACUCACAAUAUUACUCUGGAAAUGGCAAUGGAAAUCGAGGCACUUCGAGUACUUUCUGA